AUGAUCGCAUCCGACCAUCAAGCCAGAGCCCUACAUGGCAAAGACCGCCUGCGAGAUGUGGACAACUACUUGGGCGAAUGCCUCGGGUUCAGUUUUGCGAUAUUUAUCGACUACGAUUGCGAAGCUUACCAUGACAACAUCAAAGACGCAUUCAUACGUAUUCCUGUGCCUUCGGUGCCUGAGGAUAUAGGUAUCGACAUGAAGCCAUACUUUCGAGUGCUUCAACAUGAUGGACCGAGAGCGAUUGCGACUUCUGAGCGGCUAAAGUUAUCGGAAAACCUUGAGGAAGCUCUGCACACGUUGCAAGACCAGAACGCGGAAAUAAUGGACGAGUGGUAUUUCGACGAGGAUCUUGAUCACCCGUAUCCGAAAUUGGACCAAUUAAAACAUGUCUUUGUUGGACCUCGGGCACAAGCACUGGAGCCACAACAACAAAAGGAUCUUAAGGUGUUGUCUGAUUACAUAACCGAGCGUUUGGCUUUGGAUUACGGGGAGCUGGAACAGCUGUCUGAUGCGGGAUUGGUAAGCCGGAAACAUUGGCUGAUGCUUUUCCGACCAGAUGAUACAGUGGUCACGAUGUUUGAAAGCCAGUACCGUGCCUUCAGUGCUAAUUUGCGGUAUAUGGUCGAUGCGGAAGCUUACAAGCUGAUGCAUGGCCGCGAUGAUGACCGGACAUCCCAAAGCGAACUCAGCAGUGAAGAGUUGAAGAAAGAGGAACCCCCAGGUGGUGCCUUUGCACUAAUGCUGCCGGCAACUAUGAAGGGAUACGGCUUUCACAACAAGAAGUGGAACACACUACUUGUGGAACACAUUCAAGAUAUCAAAUGGAACAGCGGUGUCUUCGAUAAUCGACUAGUCCUUGAGGAAGGCAAGAAGGACCUGGUAAAAGCAUUGGUUACAGUUCACAUUGAGAAAAGCAGCGAUAUCAAGACCGAUUUUAUGGACGGAAAGGGUGAAGGGCUCAUCAUGCUGCUCCAUGGUGGUCCAGGUACUGGCAAGACUCUCACAGCAGAAAGCAUCGCAGAGCUUGUUCAUCGUCCCUUGUAUAGGGUGACUUGCGGCGAUAUCGGGACAGAUGCCGAAAGCGUGGAGAAAUACCUCGAAUCUGCCCUGUUCAUCGGAAACAAUUGGAACUGUGUGGUUCUACUCGACGAAGCAGAUGUCUUCCUCGAAGAGAGAACAAAGAUGGAUCUUCAACGCAACGCGCUGGUCUCCGUGUUCCUGCGCGUCCUAGAGUACUACGAUGGUAUCUUGAUCUUGACGACAAACCGCAUCGGUACCUUCGAUGAAGCGUUCAAGUCACGCAUACAGCUUGCGCUCCACUACCCGCCGCUGAACAGAGACGGCCGUUGGGAAGUCUGGAGGAACUUUGUCAAGUCAUUGUCGGAGGCUGGUGAGAACAUCAACACCGAGGAGAUAAGCAAAAAGCUCGACAUCCUCGCCCGGCACAAACUCAAUGGCCGCCAGAUCAGGAACACGAUCAAUACAGCUCGCCAGCUCGCGCGAUACAAAAAGGAAUCUCUGCGCUACGCGCAUGUAGACCAGGCAGUCCGGGUUGUCAACGAGUUUGAGAAGUACGUGACCGACAUACACGGUCAUGAUGAUGAGGAGUAUGCGCGAGAUCAAUGCUUGAGAAAUGAUGAUGCUUUGCAGGUAGACUGA